AUGGCGACGCAGCAGGACGAGGGCGGCGUGCCCUUCUCCGUCGCCCACGCGCUGCAGCACUUCCGCCUGCUCGAGCUGCCGCCUGACCUGGCUGCGCUGAUUGACGCGCCCCGUCCCCCGCUCCUGUCCAUCAAGUCGCAGGCCCCCGCCGCCUCAGGCACGCCCAACCCGAGGCCUGCAUAUGCCGUGUUCUGCACCCCGACCACCACUUUCCACCUACGCCAGGUACAAACGUCGAACGUCCUCUUCGUCACCCAGCCUGCCUGCGAGCACCAUGGCAACGAGAUUCCCACCCGUGCCACCUGCGCCGUGGCCUCGUGCACCGCGACCCUCGAGCUCUAUCCGUCCGAUGCGUCUGCCGUGACGCUCCUGCAGGAAGCACUGCCUGUCUACGACAUUGUCGAGAACGACGUUGACGCGACACCCAACGCCAAGACCAGGGACAACAUUUUCGAGCACAUCCCGUUGUCAGAGGGACAGUGUGUGGCAGCAUGGCGCGAGCUGAUGGCCUUUGAGCACGAGGGAAGCUCCUACCGGCCGUCUGCAUACGCGCUCAACCAGGUCUGGCGCUCAAUAAACAGCGCCGCCUUCGCAGAGGGCUUCAAGCUCGACAGCCAGUACCUGGUGGACGACGUUUCCAAGGCCGCGGCUGAGGAAGGACAUCCCCCAAGCUUGGCAGAAGCUAUACUGAGACACCUCGCCAGAGAAGACGCGGACGCGAACAGCUCAUGGUCGUGUCUCGAUCGCACAAAAACAGUAGCCUUCACCGGCAGGAUCCUGCUCGAGGCCAAACACGGCACCAGCGACUUCCUCAUCGCCGACUUCACAGACACAUGGGAGGACCGACUGCCCGAAGCAUGGCGCAAAGACGCCCAACUAGCCGCCAUUGAAGGCGUAUACGAAUUCCCCACCAACAGCACCAUAAAACUAAAAAGCCACUCCGCCACCCUCCCCACCAUCGUCAACACCGUCACAGCAGCAAAGUCCUCAGCACGAAAAUGGCACGAGAAAUUCGGCAAAACCCGCAAAAAAUAA